AUGUCCGAUUCCCCCAUCCAAACGACACUUUGGCGCACCCUCGCGAUUAUCGCACCGCCCUGUCAUCCCAGCAUCUGCGUUCUCUUCGACCACCCUUCCGUUACGUCUUACGGCCUCGCUCUAUCUGCCCACCGACAGCUUCCCCCGCUGCGCCUCUUGCUCCCGCUCCUUCCUCUACCCACUCUCAGCGAAGAUCACGCCAAACCCACCUCCUCGCCACUAAUCCCUGCACUCCCAGGCCCCUCGCUCUUAGAGGGCUUCCGCGGCGCACCUUCGAUCCUUCUGCAGCCCGCGCGCACUCUGGUUCUCGAGCUCGUGUCCGUUCUGGCUCGGAUGGCCCCAGGCGCCGGCGAAGAAGUCGAAGCACGCUAGGGGCAGCCACCCGCGCGAGAUGGGCGAUCUUCCGCGCCUCCUCGUUUGAAAUCCUGUUUUGGGCCCGACCCUAUCUUGAUCUCCGUUCUAGCGUCCGCGCGUGCGUGGGCAGCUCCAUCUUGCCUCCAUCCUGCGCUGAUGGGCCAAUUCUGUCUGCGCUCUACGCUGCCUUCCCGGACCAGGCACGCCCAUCGCUGCGGUCCCCGCCUGACAUCGCUCCAUCGAACGAACGCGCGCAGAACCAACCCCGGUCGCGCGUAGCUCGCGUAUCUACCAACCCUCUACUAUCCUGGUCAGCCUGGCAGUCACUGGGACACCGACCCUCUUCUCGAUGAGUCUUCUCCGCAUGCCCCCACCUCUCGCGCUCGCGUCGACCCACCAGCGCGCGAAGGACCACACGCCCCUGCCGCAGCCAAAAUACGGGCUCCCGCUGGUACGUACACAGGGUAGCGACAAUGGCAGCGUCUCCUCGCCGCGCCUCCUUUCAUUUCGUAACGAGAUCCGCCGGCCCAGUGGUGCGAGCUCCUUUUCACACUCCCGUAUUUGUAGCAUAUGUACGCGGAACGCGUAUGGUAUUAUACUAGACAGAUGCCCCCGCUCGCUCUUCCGUAGGGCCGACGCGCGCGUUCGCGUUCGGACUCGGACUCGGACGUUUCGAUCGAGCUGAGGAGGCGUCGGUUCGAUCAAUCUCC